AUGGCUUCAAAACUGGCACCGCUCGUCCUCCGACGUGCUCCCCGGGUCCUUCGGCAGUUUCAGACGCCUCAAUGGCGAUCGUUCACCGCAAAGACGCCGUCUCGUAGCGACUCGCUGCAGGUGCACCGCGAUUCAUCCGUCAACAACCCUUCUAUUCCCUUCAAGUUCACCGCCCAGAAUGAGAAGAUCAUCAAGGAGAUCCUAAGUCGGUACCCUAGCCAAUACAAGAAGGCCGCCGUGAUGCCGCUCCUAGAUCUGGGGCAGCGCCAGCACGGCUUCACCAGUAUCAGCGUCAUGAAUGAGGUGGCUCGGCUGCUGGAAAUGCCUCCCAUGCGAGUCUACGAGGUGGCGACCUUCUACACCAUGUACAACCGGAGUCCGGUGGGCCGGUUCCACGUCCAGUGCUGCACGACGACACCGUGUAUGCUCCGAGACAGCGACUCCAUCAUGAAAGCCAUUGGUGACCACCUCGGGAUCCACCACGGCGAGACUACCAAGGACGGCCUCUUCACAUUCACAGAGGUAGAGUGCCUCGGCGCCUGUGCCAACGCCCCCAUGGUCCAGAUCAACGACGACUACUAUGAAGAUUUGACAUACGACACCACUGUAUCUCUACUGAAGGCCCUGCAACACGCCGCUGAAGCGACUGGCGCGCCGCCUGGGGAAGCGGGACUAGGUAGCAAGGCUGGCAAGGGCGCCAUAACAGGCGACGACAGGAACGUGAAGAGCGGGAGCGAGAUCAAUGAGCAAGGACGGGCAUAUGAGGCUGGGGGGGUGAAGGUACCAACGCCUGGGCCGUUGAGCGGAAGGAAAAGCUGCGAGCCCGCAAAGGGGUUGACCUCGUUGACGAGCGAGCCGUGGGGCAAUGAGACCUUGCGUACGGAUGGCGCUCUAUAG